AUGGCAAAUUGGCCUCCUCUUGCACCAGUCCCACCCCCCGCGGUGCAGAGUGCCAUACCACCCCAGGAAUGGGAGCUCUAUAUCGAUGCGUGGAUCCUGCUUCUGACCUUGCGCAUAGAAGCAUCCGAUGCAGAAUUCACAGAACACGCAUCUACAGAUGAGUCUGUUGUCACCUUCUUGACUUCAUUCUAUGACCAGCUGGCAAGCACUGGUACGCCGGGUUUGCAUACAGGGCCGAAAACUAGAAUACUACGGAAGCUAUGUUUCUUGCUCACACGGCGACUCUUGUUGGACGCGCCCACCUCACCACCCGAUCUACUAGGAUGGAAGUACCUGGGCAGCAUGUGCAGCUGCUAUCCCUCCAGCUCUGCGCUGAAGAAAUUACUUUCUGAAGCAUGGGACAAGCAUGAAGAGACGAUAUCAUCGAGCCUCGAGAAGGCAAAGACAGCCAUGACGAAACAGCUGGCUAUGUUGAGUUCCGCACAAGCUCCAAGGAUUAUCCCUGAUAUUCGCCUAUUAACCAUCCUGGGCUCUGUCAUCCCCGCAUGCGGCCAGGCAUUGAUGGCCGGCUCCGACUUCCUGGACACAUGCUGCGAAGCAUACCAAGCACACAAGAGGGACGACUUCCGCAAAGUACUCGUCGCUGUCAUCUACGUUGGCCUUACAUCUCUACUCAAAGGCCCAAAACCAAACCUCUCCCUACUCUUGGACCAGCUCUUCAGCCUAAAAGCCAGCGCAGGGAUCAACGCACCAACAACAAAGAAGGAACCUACCCUCCUCUCAGACCUCAUCUGCAGCUCCGAUCUCCUCGUCCGUCUGGACCGGUACCUAAUUUCGCACCCACAGAAACGCGGCCAAGAUCUCCUCUCGAGUCUGCGCGCAUACCAAAUCGAAUCAAAUGUAUUCCACCACCGCUACCAGAAACAAAAGAAAAAACUCGACAAAGGCAAAGCCCGCGCCACGACAGAUCUCCCCCAAGCAGAAGACAUGCACAUCCACCGAAUGUCCCUCGUCACGCAGAUCCAAGACCUCUUCCCCGACCUAGGAUCGGGGUACAUCGUCCGUCUACUCGAUGUCUACGACGAUAACCCGGAGACCGUCAUCGCACAUCUCCUGGACGACUCUAUUCCCCCUGAGCUCCGGGACCUUGAUAAAUCAGAACAACUCCCCACUACCAAUUCCACUGCCCCCAAGCACGACCCCUUCCCUCCGCGUCCAACACCACCUCAAAUUUCCUCUCCACCAGUGCAACCCCGCAAAAACGUCUUCGACAAAGACGUCGAUCUGGCCGACCUCGCCGAAACAGACAAAUUGCGCUUCGGCCGCGCAAACCCAGACCAAACCGCCGACGACAUCCUCGCAGAUCGCAGCAAACACGCCGUCAAUAAAGCGGCCAUCAUGUCUGCGCUGGCGACCUUUGACUCAGACGACGACGAACGCGAUGAUACCUAUGAUGUAGCAGACGUAGGCGGCACCGUUGACGCCGCCACCACUGACACAGAUGCCGAUGCGAAACAGAAAGCCGACGAACUUGACCUAACGCUAUUCCGGACGUACAAGGCAUCACCGGCGCUGUUUGCUCGGGACUCAGCGACCCGUCGAUCGCAGCCGCGGGCUUCGCUGAAGCGCGAGACGGGCAUGACGGACGAAGCGAUUGAGGGAUGGGCUGUUAUGCUGGCGCGGGAUUCGAAGCGGUUGGCGAAGUUGGAGGAUCGGUUAUCGCUUUCGGUGGUUGGGCCUGGUGGGACUGGUCUUAUGCAACCGGAGAUUAAGCCGACGGCGUAUCGGAGGCCUGGGCCUAGGGGUGAUGGGGAGUCGGGGAGUGAGACUGAUGAGCCGGCUGGUUCUGGGUCUCGAGGUAGAGGGGAUCCCGGUAGGGGGCGUGGUAGGGGUGGUCGACGAGGUGGUGGUGCUGGACGUGGGCGUGGUGGUAAUGCGGGUUCCGGCGACGGGAAUACCACCGCGCAGCGGCAGAGGAAGGAGGAGAAUAAGGCCAGUAGGGCGAAUCAUAAUCGUCGACAGCAGAGGGCGAAGAAGGUGGCGCGGGCUGGGGGUAUGAUGGGGUGA